AUGAGGAAGAUGAUGAUGAGGAGGAGGCGGCAGCAGCCGAUGCUGUGGCAGAGGGCGAGGAUGAAGAGGAAGGAAGAGGCAGAGGAAGCCCCUGAAGAAGCAAGCGAACCCGCCAAAGAGGAAGAGCCUGCUGCUGCUGCUGUUGCUGUGGCCACUGAUGCUGCGGCUGCUGCCGCCGCCGCCCUUGCUGCUGCUGACGCCGCCGCUGCGGCCGCUGCCGAUGCUGCUGCCGCCGCCAUCAAGGCUGCUGCUGCCGCCGCAGAUGCUGCCGCCCUCGUCACAGGAAGAGUAGCAGUGGCAGCGGCGCCUGCCACAGAAGAACCAGCUGCUGCUGCUGAUGAUGACGAGGAUGAAGAUGACGAUGACAAUGAAGACGAUGAGGCUGAAGCCGUUGAGGUAAAAGAGGAAGAGACGGCUGCUGCCGAAAUUGAUGAAGAAGAUGAUGAUGAUGAUGAUGAUGAUAGUGAAGACAAAGAGGAGGAAGUUCCUGCAGCUGCUGAGGAGGAUGAGGAUGAUAAAGCUGAAGCUGAUACAGAAGAACUGGCAGCUGAUGAUGCCAAAGAUAAUGAUGAUGAUGAUGAUGAUGAUGAUGAUGAUGAUGAUGAUGAAAAAGUUACAGCUGCAGAAUCUCCUGCAAUUGAUGCAGCUGCUGCUGCUGAUGAUGAUGAUGGUGAUGAUGAUGGAGAAGCUGAUUCAGCAAUUGAGAUAUCUGCAGCUGAUGAAAGCAAAGAUGAUGAUGAUGGUGAUGAUGAGGCUGAUGAAAUAACUGAACCACCUGUAGUAGAUGGUGGUGCUGAUGCUGUGGCUGCAGAUGAUAAUGAUGAUGAUGAUAAGCAUGAAGCAGAUGAGAUAGUUGAAACACUUGGAGCUGAUGACAGCAAAGAUGAUGAUGAUGAUGAUGAUAUUAUCAUAAAAGAUACUGAAACUAUUGACAUCAAAGAUGAUUCAGCCGACACUAAAGAUGAUGAUGAUGAUGAUGAUGAUGAUAAUAAACUGACUGAUGAUGUAGUUUCAGCUACCACUAUUGCAAUAGUUGAUGACACAGAUGAUGAUAUUAGUAUCGAUGAUGACCAAAAGAAUGACCAAAUCAAAGAUGGAGAUGAUGAUGAUGAUAAUGAUGAUGAUGAUGAUGAUGAUGACGAUGGUACUGCUGACAUCAUCGAGCUAGAUAAGGGUGAGGAGCUUGCUGCUGAUGUUGGUGAAGAACCUUUGAAUCUUGGUGAUACAAGUGACGAGAUUGUUGACCAAGACAGUAAAACUGACACCACUGAAGAAGCAACUGACACCAUAGACGUAGAAUCUGUAGUGGAGGUAGUCACCACAGAGGAUGGUGGUAGUGAUGAUGAUGAUGAUGAUGAUGAUGAUGAUGAUGAUACUGUUAUUAGUGACAGUGCAGAUCUAACAACAGAAGAGACUGAGGUUGACGCUGACAAAGACACAGCUGAUGAGACAGGUGACUCUGACCUUGAACUUGACCUUGACCUAGACAGUGAUGCGGCUGCUGACAAUAAAGACGUAGCGGACAGUGAGGUUGAUGUUACGGUUAAAGAAGCCAUCAAAGUUGAUGCUGAUGUUGAUACUGAUGAUGAUGAUGAUGAUGAUAAUGAUGAUGAUGAUGGUAAUGAUGAUGAUGGUAAUGGUAAUGACAACUUAGCUGUUGCUACUGACAUUUCAGAUGUCGAUGAUGGUGAUGAUGAUGAUAAUGAUGAUGAUGAUGAUGAUGAUGAUGAUGAUGAUAAAGUUGACGAUCUAAAAAUAGUUGAAGAUGACCAAGAAAAAGAACCUGAAAUAGUCAUUGACAUUAUUGAGGAAAAGACUGUGGUGGUUGAGGAGAAAGAGGAGGAGGUGGAGGGAGAAGAGGAAACCAAGGAUGAGGAUGAUGAUGGUGAUGAUGAUGAUGAUGAUGAUGACGAUCACAUCGCAAUAGCUCUUGCAACCACUGCUGUAGAAGAAGAUGAGACCAAGGAUUUGGAGGAUGCUGCUGACCAGCCAUCUCUGGAGUCAGAGAUAGAGAGACUGAGGGAGGCUCUCAAGGAGAAAGAAAAAGAAAAAGAAGAACUGGACGAAAAAGAAAAAGCUAAAGAGGAGCAAAGGCCCGAGCCUGAAGAGGAGCCGGCGCCAAAGCCUGUGAAGGAAGUCAAAGAACAACCAGAAGAGCCUGAAGCUCCAGUGAAGAAAUCAAAGGCAGAAAAAACAGCCAAAAAGGAGGAAAAGUUGAAGAAGUCAGAUGAUAAAAAUGCCCCCAAGGUUCCCUCUGGCAAAAAGAAAACAGACGUUCCAAAGAAAGCCAGCAUAUCCAUAAAGAAAGAUGCUGAUGCUCCCAAAAAGGCAGACCAGAAGAAACAUAAAAAGAAAGUGAUUGAGGUUCUAAAGAAUGUAACACUUAAUCCACAAAGGGACGACUUCAAAGAUGAAUCCAAGCCCAAGAAAGAAGUUGUGGUACCCUCCAAGGACGAGAAAACUGAAGAAGUGGCUCUGUCUCCGACUGAAGGUGCUCCAUGCCGACCAACACCAGUCUACUGCCCCUCGCCUCCAGGCUGGUAUGUGCAUCAUAUAGUCACAGACAAUCCAAAACCACCGGAAGUGGGCCCAGUUCCCCAGGUUCCAGUUCUAACGACAGUGUAUCCAACUGCUCCACCAGUACAUCCGGCUCCUGCCGAACCAGAAGCAGCUGAAAAAGAGAAGACAGAAGAGAAGAAAGAGCCUGCAGCCAAGGGGGAUGUGGACGAAGUUUGCAUUGUUAGGAGCAAGCUAGAAGACCUGAAAGAGAAGGCCAAAAAGAAAGAAACUGUGGAGGCCAAAGGGAUAACUAAGAAAGUUGCUAAAAGAGCACCCGAGGUGUCCAAAGACAAGGCCAAGUCUGCAGCUGUUAAAAAAGAGCCUGCGCCUGCCAAAAAGAAGCCAGUGAAGAAAGAAGAAGCUGCUCCCAAAGAGAAGCUUGGUCUGUUUCCAGCGCAGAGAGGAGUUGGUGUGAAGGAGGCCAAAACAAAGGAGCCAGCCAAACCAAAAGUCAAAUCUGUGGACAAAAAAGAAGACAAAGUGAAGGAGGAGCAGCCCACCGCUGAGAGUAAAUCUGACACAGAGGCAAAGACAGAGGCUAAGGAGGCAUCAGAAAAAGACGUCAAUGUGUCUGCCCCUGCGAAAGAGCCUGAGUCCACACAGACCCGAGCAGACCAGAAAAAGCCAGGCAAGAUCCCCUACUUCCAAUGCGUGGUGUACGGCGGCAAGAACAAGGGUCCCCAAGGCCCCGGUAUGACCCCAGCAAUGACCACAGCCAUGAGAGCAGCCAUGGAGCAGAGGGCCUCUCUCAUGGAGGCCAGAGCCAGGGCUGCGGGCCAGUAGGACCCAUAAUCAACCCAUCACCCUUCACCUCCAAGCCCAGGAAUUGUCCACUCCGAACCAACAGGUGGCGCUCCUCUCCUACCCUGACUGUGCGCCCUGUCAGCUGCUCUGAUUUUUUCCCAUCCCCUUUCCCUUUGAUUUCAGUCAAUAGAUAAUGCAUUAAGGGACUGACAGCAGGGUGGAGGGUGAAAUGAUUAUACAUGUAAUCUUUUAAAUGAGUGGAGUUACUGACCGUUCUCAAGAGUCAAAAUAAUUCCCAAUCUAUAUAGGCACUGGCUUUGGUGUAUGUGUUUAUUUAAAGGCCUGAUGUUUCCUUAUUUUGUUAAAUACAUGGCUAUCAGAUUUUGCACCAACCAGUAUCACAAUGGUCCCACCUAGCUGUAUAUAAAGGGAUGUAAAAAGGAAAUAUUGCAAACCAGUUAUUUAUCUAAUUUAUUCAGAUAUCUUCAAUGAAAAGUUCUAUUUUUGAAGAGUAGAAAAGUAGUGUGAAUAAACAUAAUGUAUAUACCAUGAAAGAAUCUUAAUAUAUCAACUGGCAGUUUACAUUUGUGUUAACUUUACACUCAAUUUCAGUUGGAAACUGUGAGUAGAAUUGUUUCCAUUUUUCUUCACCUACUUAAGCUCAAACAUCACUUUGUUUGAAGACAUAUUAAUUGACUUUCAUGUUUGAUAUCUGUUUGCUCAGUGUUUGAUAGUUUGACCAUGAGCAUGAGCAUUGUAUCACUUUUUCACAGACACACACACACACACACACACACACACACACACACACACACACACACACACACACACACACAGCUCUUGGCUCCAAUCUCUUGCUUAGCCCCAGAGGUAAUGGGAUUAUGUAAAGUGUGUCUGUGUGUGUUUCAGCUCUGAUAUGGCACACAGGCUGCCCAGUAGCCUGCAUCUGGAAAGAGGCAGGAAGUGCCCUCGCAGCCUCACUCUCUCCCUGGUUGACACAGAUUUCACUAUACUGUUGAAAACCCAUAUUAGGGGAUUUUUUAUUCCCCAAUUGGCCCUCUGAUUGAUUUAGGAGCAGUGAGAGAUGAAAAAAUGACAUGGGGGACAAAAUGGGACAUAUCUGGCAACCUUUUUGAAAGUACAGGGGUAGAGAAUACGAGUGAGAGGAGGCUGUUCAUGAAUCUGAAUAACAUGUCACAAGAAAAGCCUGGGCACUGCUCAUUUCCUUACUUAUUUCCUUUGUUUUGUCUUCUGAGUAGAAUGUCUUCCCACAAACUCACACACACACACACACACACACACACACACACACACACACACAUACAUACACAUCUAUUGUAAAUCUGCCGUAAGGCAUGCAAGCUGGUGUCUGUUUUUUGUGCACCAAAGCUUAAAAUUAAUGUGAGGGUUUUUUUGUGUUUGAAAACAAACAGAUUCCUUCACGAUUAAACUGAAAACGAGCCCUCUCUCAGCCAGUACUCAAAAACAAAACAGAGCACCAGAACUGAGAGAGGUGAAGACCCAAGGGUGCUUGUGCACUCCUUUGACCAAGUUUGAGAGACAGUGUAUGUGCAAUCGAAACCAGCACCAUUUCUGUCCCAUUUGUGUAACUAACUACUUAUUUAUUUUGCACAAUUGCAUAAAUGCAUUUUAUAUGUGGCAAAUGUGCCUUGUGAUACGUGAUGCCAUCACUGAUCAGUUUUGUCUUAUUCAGAAAUCGUCUGACUUGAGGUGGUGAUCAGUCGAGACUAUUACUGAACCACUGCAGGACCUAAACACCCAAGUGAGCCAAAUGGCUUCACUUGUUACAAAGCGUAGACCACAGCCUCUGUUGGAGAGACAUGUUUUUUAGGCAUUCACAAGUCUAUCGUUUUCUUCUCUCAUGUAACCAUACAGAUGGCUGUAGAGAUAUAACAAGAUUGUAUAUUGUCUGCACAUACGACUUUCCCCCCAUCUUUCUCCAGAACCUUCUGUUGUUGCCUGCCUGCCUGCCUGCCUGCACCGUUUGUGCGUGUGUGUGUGAGCGGCGUGUACAGAGACAGUCAGCUACAGCAGCAUGGCAGGCAACUGGGAUGUAGGCCAGGGAGGUAAUCUGACUUUGAAGUUACAGAAUGAGCGACUUCCUUUCUCUCCUCCACCCCCACCCCCCCCUCUACCCACCCAGCCACCCAUC